GAGGGAGGGAGCGAGGGAGGGAGAGAAGCCCAGCCCUGCCCUGGCGGCACAUGGCAGCAGAGCGCUCCGCUGCUCCGCAGGUUAACUAGGGCCGGGCUCCGGCCAGCGCAGCCAGGCUCUCUCGGUCCGCCGCGUUACCGCAGGGAUUAAAAUGCAGCUGGCUGCCUGCUUCUUUUUGGGCUGCGGUAUCUUUCUAGCUUCAGGAUACAACUCCUUCAGUAAGACUAUGGAGACGAUAGGCAAGAAGCAGUACCAGGUUCAGCACGGGUCGUGCAGCUACACCUUCCUCCUGCCCGAGACGGACAACUGCCGGUCCUCCACUCCGUACGUGUCCAACGCGGUGCAGAGGGAUGCGCCGCUGGACUAUGAUGAUUCAGUUCAAAGACUGCAACUACUUGAGAACAUCAUGGAAAACAACACUCAGUGGUUAAUGAAGCUUGAGAAUUACAUCCAAGACAGUAUGAAGAAAGAAAUGGUAGAGAUCCAGCAAACUGCAGUGCAGAACCAGACUGCAGUAAUGAUUGAAAUAGGCACAAACUUACUAAAUCAAACAGCUGAACAGACCCGCAAAUUAACAGAUGUUGAAGCACAAGUAUUAAACCAGACAACCAGACUUGAACUUCAGCUUUUGGAACACUCUCUUUCAACAAACAAACUCGAAAGACAGAUUUCAGAUCAAACCAAUGAGAUAACAAAAUUACAAGAAAAAAACAGCUUUCUAGAAAAAAGAGUUCUUGAGAUGGAAGACAAGCACACACUUCAACUGAAGUCAAUAAAAGAUGAAAAAGAUCAGCUUCAAGUCCUAGUAUCCAGACAGAAUUCUAUUAUAGAAGAACUAGAAAAACAAUUAGUUACAGCUACAGUAAACAACUCAGUUCUGCAAAAGCAGCAACACGAUCUGAUGGAGACUGUUCAUAACUUGCUUACUAUGAUAUCUACACCAAACUCUAAGAACAACUUCAUAGCUAAAGAGGAGCAAAUCAGCUUCAAGGACUGUGCUGAAGCUUUCAAAUCUGGACUGACAACAAGUGGAAUCUACACUUUAACAGUUUCAAACACUGCACAAGAAAAGAAGGCCUACUGUGACAUGGAAACUGGUGGAGGAGGUUGGACAGUUAUUCAGAGACGUGAAGAUGGUAGUGUGGACUUCCAUCGGACAUGGAAAGAGUACAAGAUGGGAUUUGGUGAUCCUGCUGGGGAGUACUGGCUGGGAAAUGAGUUUGUUUCUCAACUGACUAAUCAGAAGCGUUACGUUCUUAAAAUACACCUGAAAGACUGGGAAGGAAAUGAGGCAUAUUCAUUGUAUGACCAUUUCUCUCUAGCAAGUGAAGAACUAAAAUACAGGAUUUACCUUAAAGGACUUACUGGGACAGCGGGCAAAAUAAGUAGUAUAAGCCAACCAGGAAAUGAUUUUAGCACAAAGGAUGCAGACAAUGACAAAUGUAUUUGCAAAUGUUCACAAAUGUUAACAGGAGGAUGGUGGUUUGAUGCCUGUGGUCCUUCUAACCUCAAUGGAAUGUAUUAUCCAUUACGACAGAACAACAACAAGUUUAAUGGGAUCAAGUGGUACUAUUGGAAGGGCUCGGGAUACUCUCUCAAAGCUACAACUAUGAUGAUACGACCAGCAGAUUUCUAAAUGUUUUUGAGUUAUGUGAAUUGUACAGUUUUCAAAGACUUAAUUUGCCAAGCAUAUAAACACACAUCUGCAACUUGUCUCAUUUUUCAAGCCCAGAAAACAUGCACUAGUCUUCUGAAGGGGUCAGUUCAGUACAAUUCCUGAAUUGCAAUAGCCUUGAUCAGCUAAAGCUCAUAUUAUUCAACCAGACACAAAGUCUAAAGCAUCAACCUGAUAGUGAUUUGGCCAAAUGACUGAAUAAAAAGAACAUCCAAGAAACUGUCAGACAAGGACUCUGUUUUACCGAUCAUUUACGCUAUGUAUGUGUUAGUAAAUAACUGGAACUGUGAAAAAAACCCUAAAAUAGUUUUAGAAAUACGCAUUUUGCCUCACCACUGUACUUUAAACAUUAAUAUAAAACAUUUAGUUAGAUCUAGAACUAUUUAUCUUUAUCUUUCUGUGUCAUGUUUGCCCUUUAUGUACAUAAAAAAAUACUUUCCUGUAAUUAGUUCAAUACUGUAGGCAGAGAAUACAUUCUUUCCCUCCAUAAUCUCCUAAACAAUUCUUACACUUAUUUGGGGAUUUUUUCCAAUAGCCCAUAUUAUGUUAUUUAACAGUGGAAAAACAACAUUUGAAUAGUUUGCAUUUAUUCUUGGGGAAAUACCAUGUACAAAAAUCACCAUUUCUUUCAGUUUGUACUAUUAUAGUUUCUUUAAAUUACAAAAAUUGCUAUAAAUUACAAUAUAGUAUGUAUUUCUUUAUAUUUUUAUGAAGACUACACCUUUUUUCUUCCCUUGUCAUUUACCUGUAAAAUAAUUGACCAGUAUUCUACAAACUGAGACAACGGCAUUAACACCAGAUGUCCGGUUGUCUAUGACAAUCAUGUAUCACCUGGUGCUGUAUUAUAUCUAUAUGUUUUGUAAAAAUAACUUAAAUGAAAAAUAUAUGCAUGUUCUUUGAUACAAUUAAAAUUAUGCUUAUGAAUUAAGAUACAAAUUACUACAUUUUAAAACCAGGAAACAAAAAUCUGAAAGUAAUCUACGGUCACACUGUUGGGGUUUUUUUAAGUAAGGUUAGGAAUUCUCCCUAAAAAUUCUCUGUAGGUAGGCCCUCAAUGUAUGCCACAAUGUGAAUAAAUUACUUUACUAGGU